GACAGGUAGGCGGGGUUUGCCUUUGCCAUCAACAGCCCGGCCGCUUCCAGGUGCAGAACUCAGGCCUGAGGGUGAGGCGGCGGGCAGCCGGCUGGAUGGUCCCUGCCGCCUCCUCCUCCCUCUGUGCGGCAUGCCCACACUCCUGCGGGGCCUCUUCGUGGGCUCAGUCUCCUGUGCACUCCUCUUCAUCGCCUUCUUUGCGCUUCGCUUCGGGAGGGAUCACAGCCAGCCGAGGCUCAACAGCUCUGAGGCCUCCGUCCUGGCGCAGGUGUGCGCGUCCUUAGCGGGGGGCAGUUUCCCAUUCGUGUGGAAGAGACGUCUGAGCACCUACCACCAGGCAUCCUGUCCUCGCUACUUGGCACGAAGCCACUACAUCACGGCACCACUGUCAGCCGAAGAGGCCGCCUUCCCCCUGGCCUAUGCCAUGGUGGUCCAUAAGGACUUUGGCACCUUUGAGCGGCUCUUCAGGGCCAUCUACAUGCCCCAGAAUAUCUACUGCGUGCAUGUGGACCAGAAGGCGGCCCCCGACUUCCAGGAGGCCGUGGGCAGGCUGCUGAGCUGCUUCCCCAAUGCCUUCCUGGCCUCCCGCACCGAGCCUGUGGUGUACGGGGGCAUCUCACGGCUGCAGGCCGACCUGCACUGCCUGCAGGACCUGGCGGCCUCGGGGGUGGCCUGGAAGUACGUGCUCAACACCUGCGGCCAGGACUUCCCGCUGAAGACCAACCUGGAGAUCGUGCGCUACCUGAAGGGCUACCGGGGCCAGAACAUCACCCCCGGGGUGCUGCCUCCCGCCCAUGCCGUGAGCCGGACCAAGUUCGUGCACCGGGAGCACCUAGGCAAGGAUCUGUCAUACGUGAUCCGGACGGCGGCACGAAAGCUGCCUCCGCCCCACAACCUCACCAUCUACUUCGGCUCGGCCUACGUGGCCCUGUCCAGAGAGUUCUCGGACUUCGUGCUCCACGACCCGCGGGCCCUCGACCUGCUGCUCUGGUCCAAGGACACCUUCAGCCCCGACGAGCACUUCUGGGUGACGCUCAACAGGAUCCCAGGCCUCAGGUGCCUUGACAGCAUUGUGGAACCAGGGAAGUCCAGCAGUCUGGUGGCAACUGCAUCCUCUCUCCUCUCCUGCAGCCUCUACUCGGGAGGGCGGAGGCCUGUGGCCCUGAGGCAGACAGCGGCCAUGCUGACUCCUGGGCGCAGCUGGCCUGAGACUGAUAUUGUGAAGGCACCAGAGGGCACCGUUGCCCAGAGAGACGCCAAUUAG